AUGGCCCUCAACCAAGACAACGUGCUCGUCUCGGCCGCCGACAAUGGAUCGAUGCAGUUUUGGGAUUGGAAGUCUGGAUACUGUUUCCAAAAACUCCAAACCAUCGUUCAACCAGGUUCACUCGAUGCCGAAGCCGGUAUCUUUGCCUGCACAUUUGAUCGUACCGGUACCAGACUCAUCACCGCCGAAGCCGAUAAAACAAUCAAAGUCUACAAGGAAAUUGAAAAUGCAACAGAAGAAACUCAUCCAAUCGGUAAAGAUUGGAGACCUGGUAGAAAUAUUUCAAAUUAUUAA